AUGAGGUUGCUGAAAAUUCGUCGAGGCGGCCUGAUGCAGCACAUUCACUUGCCUGGAAACAUCACAAUCGAGAGAUUCAGCUGGGUUCCAGGUGCUGCUACGGCCGAGAAGUCCAUCCCACGCAAGAUUGGCCAAGAAUCCGGGACGCUGCCGGUCCGGCCUCAAAACGAGAUCCGAUUGGUCGAAAGUCUGGGCCCAACAGCCAAUCAUGACCCAGUGUUGGCCAAAUGCCGGUUGCCAAUGGCGCAUCCAGAACGCGAUCACUGUUCAUCCGGUUUCAAAGCGUCUGUGAACGGUGAAGAAACAGCUGUUUCGGAGCAUUCCAAUUCUUUAUUGAAGGUCUUGGACAACAGUCUGAACACACCGGCAUCCGGUGUUAAAGAUAUUGUGUUAGAUAGACAGGAACGGUCUUUAAUUGUUCACCCCGGAAGGCUUGUGGAGUUAUCCAUCUGUUGUAUCGGAGUCACUGCUGAAGUCCCUAAAGCAACCGCAGAAGUCCCCUGUUCUGGCAUUCAAAGACCUCAGUGCUGUUUACAUUCUUUUCGUGACCCCCCAAAACAAUGGUUAAGAACCACGGACAUUUUGAGUCAAAAGCUUCAAAGAUCUGCAGAGUGUGCUAGGUAUGGCACUCACCAGGAUGUGAUGAAGUUUACAACAUCACAGGUGGACGGUCGAUUAGAAAUCAACAAAUUUAUUGAAGCAAAUCAGAGCUUUCAUCCUAAGAACUACUUGGACACUGUUUCUUGCCAAACAGAUGUAUUGUCAUGGCGCUGCAAACCUGGUAAUUCUUUGUUGUCUAGGCCCGAUUCUAAUAGGUAA